AUGCCGUUGACAAAACGGGCCGUUUCACCGGUAAAUGUGAGCCGCGGGACCAUUCACAAGUCGAUUCAACGCGACGAACUUCAGUGCACCGCCAACGGAUCAAUAGCCAACCUCAUCCGGCAGCUGAGCUCGUUGAGGUGCCAAUUUCCUUCAAAUCAUUAAAAUUAUGAUUCAAAUAUUUGCAGCAAACACGCCGAAAACAUCUUCAGCGAAAUUCAUCACGACGCCACCAAAAUCUACUACAAAACCAAUCAACUUCAGUUGAGAAUCGAAAAAUUGCAGUCAAAAGUAGAACAGUUGGACGCGAACACCGACCAAGGUACGUUUCCUUGAUGAAAUUCACAUUAAAAUUGUCAAAAUCUACAUUUUUCAGCUCCUCUGAACGAGGCGAACAUGCUGAAGGCGUUCAAAAGCUCGAUGCUCGUCGAUCAGCACAUUCUGGACAGAAGUACGCUUCCAGAAGCGCUCGCGGAUCGCUAUGAGCGAUGUGAUCGACCGCCGAACCUUGACGCGCUCAAUCCAUACAGGUAGGGCCAAGUUAGAGUCAUUUUUGGUAAAAAAAUCUAAACAAUUGCAAUCCAAUUUCCCUUAACUUUAAUUUAUCAUUUUUCAGAGAGUCUACUGUGCCGGCGCUCUCGCUUUACACAAAUCCCUCCUUCUUUUUCGAUUUGUGGAAGAAGGAGACCCUGAAAGACGUGGCCGAACGUCCGCGCCGCGUCAAAAGCCCCAACGACGGUAGCAAGAGUCCGAAGAAGCGGCGGAAGCAACCGACGGGACCACUCGGCACGACGCCCUACAACGACCGGGGCCGGCAGAUCUCGGGUGCCCGCCUCAAUCAGCAGACGGAGGUGUUCUCGUUCCCGGAAGAGUAUCAGGCCCCGCAGGCGUUGGGUCUUCAGCUAAACUAUCGGAAUCAGAACCAGGUAGGCCACGGACUUAGUGAUAGUACUAAAAUUUCGAGAUAUGAUUUACGAGUCAUAUUUUCUUUUCUAAUUUCUUAUAUCGUGUAUCCAAGUGAGACAAAACUAGAAGAACAUAGCCCAUAGGAGUAAUGGAGACACUUGAGGCAACCUGACAACCUCAUACAGUCGCGGUAAAGUCGGAAAUGUUCAGAUUGCUGCCCCUUAAGGACAUACCAGCAAUCUGAACAUUUCCGUCUCUUGUGCUCUUGUGCGAACUCACCUGUCCCGAACUACCGGCGCUCAGUUCAAAACACCCAUGUAUUGCAUUUUUCAGCAUCCCGCGAAUCACCACAUCAUCGCGCCGCUCGGAAUGACGAUCCACCACCAACCGCAACAGAAUUCGAUGUCCUCCUCGUCCUCUUCGCAACCGCGUCCCCCACCGGGACACCUCAACAACCGCGGCAGUCCGAUUGUGAAGCGGCCCUCGGAGACGGCGACGACGUGUUCCGUGCUGGAUCACCUGCCGCCGCCCGACCUCUCGAUGCUCUCGAUGGACGACGACGAGGAGGAAUUCCCGCCGCCGCCGCCGCCGAUGACGUCGGCGCUGAUGCAGCAGUCGAUGAUCCAUCAGGUGCCCGCCGAGGCGCCGCAGAACCUCAUGAAACUAGUGCCGAACGCCGAGCAGCCGACGAAUGUACGUGAUUCUCCUUUUCCGGCCGAAAACGCCCUCUGCUUUUUCUCGUGUUUCCCUAUGUUUCCCUCACUUCAAGUCAGUCCGUUCGCUUUCAGAUCCCGCCCCCGCCGCCUCCGCCACCACCCCCGCCUCCGUUGAUGUCCUCGGCCGCCACGUUUGCUCCAAAGGUAUAGAAAUAGGGGAAAACGCUUUGUCUAACCCUGUGUCUGCCCUCUUUCUCAGAUUUUUCAGUUGAAAAAUGGUCAUAAAACAGUUUGCGUUCGAGCUUCCUUUUGAGGGAACCCAUCGAAAACGAGACAUUUCAAGUUCACGUAAAACAGCAAAUACGGAUGAAUUUCAGCAGGAAACCGAGGCGAGCACGUCGUCGCGGCCCGCCGUAAGCGGAGGACCGAUAACCGCGGGACUUUUGGAGCAAAUCCAGAAGGGAAUGAAGCUGAACCGCGUCGAGAAGGCGGAAGAGGCGGCGGCGCAGAACGCGGCCGUCGAGCGGAACGACGUGGCCGCCAUUCUGAGACGGCGGAUGGAGCAGGCGAUCGGACCGGAUUCGAGCGACGACGACGACGACAACGGCAACAAUAGCGACGAGUGGGACGACGCUUGA